CCGGAAGUUUUGCAGCAGCUACCGGGAGAGGAAUACAAACAGAGGAGAGAGAGCUGCCCAGAGCGCCUGCACCUAUGUACUAACAGAGCCGGAAAGCGAUAUCCGAGAGCGACGGAAGCGCUGAACCCCGUCAGACCCCACUGAGCGCACAGACAGCUGUGGACCUAUGUACUGACAGGUGACACCUGACAUUCUGGAACUCAGCUGACCGCUGGACCUCCCUGCCCUGAGCCAAUGCUGGAUCUGGAGGUCGUACCAGAAAGAUCCCUGGGUAAUCAGCAAUGGGAGUUUACAUUAGGAAUGCCCCUCACUCAGGCUGUGUCGAUCCUCCAGAAGCACUGCAGGACCAUCAGAAAUGUGCAGAUCCUCUAUAGCGAACAGUGUCCUCUGAACCAUGACCUGAUCCUUAGCCUGACUCAGGAUGGAAUCAAACUGCUGUUUGAUGCAUUCAACCAGAGGCUGAAGGUGAUAGAAGUCUAUGAUUUGACUAAAGUGAAGUUAAAAUAUUGUGGGGUUCACUUCAACUCGCAGGCCAUUGCUCCCACCAUAGAGCAGAUUGAUCAGUCUUUUGGCGCAACACACCCAGGAGUUUACAACACAGCAGAGCAACUGUUCCACCUCAAUUUCCGUGGUCUGUCUUUCUCCUUUCAACUGGAUUCCUGGACUGAGGCUCCCAAGUAUGAGCCCAACUUUGCCCAUGGUUUGGCAUCCCUCCAAAUCCCACAUGGAGCUAUGGUAAAGCGCAUGUAUAUAUACAGUGGGAACAGCUUACAGGACACCAAGGCUCCCAGCAUGCCUCUGGGCUGUUACAUGGGUAAUGUGUAUGCAGAAAGUGUGGACGUUCUGCGGGAUGGUUCAGGACCUCAAGGACUGAGACUCCGUCUUCUAAGUACUGGUUGUGGGCCCGGGGUGAUGGCAGAUGCCAAGAUGCGAGUUACAGAGCGCUGCGUGCAUUUCGGUGAUUCCUGCCAGGAUGUUCUGAGCAUACUAGGAGCACCACAUAAAGUCUUCUACAAGUCUGAGGACAAGAUGAAGAUUCAUUCCCCGUCACCCCACAAGCAGGUUCCGGCAAAGUGCAACGAUUAUUUCUACAACUAUUUUACCCUGGGUGUGGAUGUUCUUUUCGAUGCAAACACUCACAAGGCAAAGAAGUUCGUCCUGCACACAAAUUAUCCUGGACAUUACAACUUUAACAUCUACCAUCGAUGUGACUUUAGGAUUCCUUUGACAGUGAAGCGAGACACAUCUGAAACACAAACGGAAAUUUGUACUACCUAUAGCAAGUGGGACAGUAUUCAGGAGCUCCUUGGACAUCCGAUGGAGAAACCAGUGGUUCUGCACAGAUCAUCUUCGCCUAACAACACAAAUCCAUUUGGAUCAACGUUUUGCUUCGGCCUCCAGAGAAUGAUCUUUGAGGUGAUGCAGAACAACCAUAUAGCGUCUGUAACUCUCUACGGGGCCCCAAGAGCCGGCACGCAGCAAAAAUCAAGCGAGCUGAGCCAGUAAGCACGGAACAAACUGAUAUUGAGUUAACUACUUGCUUGCCAGUUGGGCUAAGCCAACCAUGGAUUUACACUGCCUCUGGUUACCAAAGGGUUAACGCAUCAACAAAUCUCCGUACAUUGCCCUGCUGAAGCAUCCCAGGGGGGGCAAAAAAAAGCCUCUCGUAGUGAAAUUUUGCUGCUGUUUGUUAUUUGAGUUUACACUGCCCAUGCCUGCUAGUAUUAUGUCUUUUGAAGUCGUGGUGAUGUCAUCAGCCCAUGUGACAGGAAGUAUGAACAGACUGAGGCAUGCUUGAGGGGUUGAUAGCUUGGUCUUAGAAUACAAAAUAACGGUGUAGUUUAUUUAUAGGGAUUAUAUCUGUUUUAAAACCAAGUUGUGAUGGAUUCCCCCCCUGAAAGGGUUGGCUAGGAAAUGUUGAUUUAAUCAAUUAGAUGAUUUAUUUUAUUUUUUGUUAACAAUAAUUCUUGAAUUUGUUGCCCCCAAACAGCAUGUUUACCCACAGGCCAAUAAAAGGAGACUAUUGGUUACAAC